UCUCGCACCGCCCGCAUGGCCCGUUCAAGAUGGCAACCAAGCGCGAUCUGAGGUGGCCACGGCGGUUGCUGUGGGGGUUGUGGCUGGCCCGGGGCGCUCCACAGAGCCCGAGUUCCGGCCUGGGCCUAGAAGGGAGGACUUAUUCCCAGGGCGACGGCCCAUACUCGCGCACGGCGCUCUAUGAACUGCUCGGCGUGCCCACCACAGCCACGCAGGCGCAAAUCAAGGCGGCCUACUACCGGCAGAGCUUCCUCUACCACCCGGACCGCAACUCGGGGAGCGCCGAGGCUGCCGAGCGCUUCACGCGCAUCUCCCAGGCCUACGUGGUGCUGGGCAGUGCCACCCUGCGUCGCAAGUAUGACCGCGGCCUGCUCAGCGACGAGGACCUGCGCGGACCUGGCGUGCGGCCCCCCAAGGCGCCGGUCCGCGACACCGGCUCGCCCCGCCCCCCGCCCCCUGCGUCUCAGGCCCACGGCCGCGGUCAGGCCACCGCGGGCGGCAACCGCACCAUGUUCGACUUUGACGCCUUCUACCAAGCUCACUACGGAGAACAGCUGGAGCGUGAACGGCGCCUCAGGGCCCGGCGAGAGGCCCUACGCAAACAGCAGGAGGACCGGGCCAAGAAGGGCUUCCACUGGAACGAUACCCGAGACGCGACCUUUGUCUUCCUUCUCCUCACGGUCUUCAUCAUCAUGGGCUUUCGUUUUUAAAAGGAGAGAGGAAGAAAGGGAGCAGCCCCCCGCCAGCCCCGAGAAAAUGGCCUUUCCGGUGUUCUUGAACCCUUUGCCUUCCAUAGUCUACCUCUGCGGGGGUCCGGAGAAACUGCUCUCCCCCUCCUGUUCCCCGCCCGCCCAGCUUAGCCGUCCACGUACGCUUCCCUCCCCUACGGUCCAGAAAAGAAGGCUUCUCGAUGCCCAAGAAAGAGGCCCCAAGAAGAAGAGUUCCAAAAGCCCGAGAGUGAAGGGUUUUCUGGAGUCCCUUGGGUGCCUGCUUCCAGAGGUUGCCUUCCUGAUGUCAGCUUCUGGAACACUUGCUCGGGCUUUAUUGUAAAGCUCUGAGCAACAAUUGUCUGCUCCUGCCCCGCGCUUGUACCGUGGGGCUCCUGUGUAACCUUGAACCGUGCAAUGUGACCAAUUGUUGGCUGCCAAAAGAAAAAUUGUGGGGUUGUACGAA